AUGGCAAGCAGCGUUCAACCUUCAACUAGUAAAAAGGACUACCAUUAUCUCUUCAAGUUGGUACUCAUCGGUGACUCAGCAGUGGGCAAGAGCUGACUGCUCAUCAGAUUUGCAGAUGAUGAUUUUACUGAUAACUAUGUCACCACUAUAGGCGUUGACUUUAGGUUUAGAACUCUCAAAAUUGACGAUUACUCUGUUAAACUCCAAAUUUGGGACACUGCUGGCCAAGAGCGGUACAGGACUAUUACAAAUGCUUAUUACAGAGGUGCAGAUGGGAUCAUAGUUGUAUUUGACCUAGCUAGUAAAGAGUCUUUCCAAAGUCUUCCAGAGUGGCUCGAUGAGGUCAAGAAAAGUGCACCUGAGGAUACUGUUAUUAUUGCAUUCGCUAAUAAAUGAGAUUUGUAUGAGGAAAGAGAGGUAUCUGAACUUGAUGUAAAAAACUUCACUGCUAGGACUGGAAUACCUGUUGUUGAGACAAGUGCCAAAAGCGCAGAAAAUGUGGAAAAGGGAUUUUUAAAAUUAACAAGUAAGCUGAUUGAGAAGAGAAUGGAGGAAGGAGAUUCCUAUGAGCAAGAUGCUACAGAUCAGUUUUUCAACCCUGCCUAUGAAAGGAAGCAAGGCUUUGCUGAAGCCACUAGCUUAAGAGUUAACCAAAUUAAAGAGAAGAUCGAGAAUAUCGACUGAUGUAAUGGCAAUUAA